GUGCAGGUCUAACUUGAGUAGGAGAAGGUACAUUAGCUCCCAUUGCUGCGACCGCCAAGCCUUGCCCUCCAUGCAAGAGUUGGUCCCUUCGUGAUUCUCCUGGAAAGGUGAAGGUGGCCUUUCGGGUGAACAGAACAAAAAACACCUACUAUCUCUACGUGGGGAGUUUUAAUUCCCCCUAACCUCUCUUGCCAACGAGUAAAAUUCCCAUUUCCUGCUAGAUACGAGACUGGCCAUUCAAUGCCGCGUCCACGGCGGCCCUUUUAAUUCUCCUUGAUGCUUCGCUGUUCUUUUUGAUCCAGGGAAUUGAUUUACCACGCCGUUUCCGCUCCUGCGUCUCGCGAGUAGGCCACCCCAGUCGAGGACUUCUUCCGCUCGCGUAGAGGUUCGAAUUACCAAUUCCCCCGACAUGCCUGCGAAGUCGAGAUUUACGAGGUUAGAUGCCUUCACCAAGACCGUCGAGGAUGCGCGGAUACGAACCACUUCCGGUGGAAUUGUCACCAUUAUAUCUUUGGUAGUCGUCCUCUACCUUGCCUGGGGGGAAUGGGCCGACUAUAGGAGGGUAGUGAUUCACCCUGAACUCAUUGUCGAUAAGGGCAGAGGAGAACGAAUGGAAAUCCACAUGAAUAUCACUUUCCCUCGACUCCCUUGCGAACUCUUAACCCUCGAUGUAAUGGACGUCUCUGGCGAGCAACAACAUGGCGUAUUGCAUGGAGUGAGGAAAGUCAGGCUGCAACCCAUCUCCCAAGGAGGGGGGGUUAUCGACGUCACUGCCCUAUCUCUUCAUGGGGAGGAAGAGACUGCCCUUCAUCUGGAUCCAAAUUACUGCGGCCCCUGUUAUGGCGCCCCCGCCCCAAGCAAUGCUGUAAAACCUGGAUGCUGCAGCACCUGCAGCGAGGUUCGUGACGCGUACGAGCAAGCGUCUUGGGCUUUCGGCAGAGGCGAGGGGGUCGAACAAUGCUCCCGAGAGCAUUAUGCCGAGAAGUUGGACGAGCAGAGAAACGAAGGAUGCCGAAUCGAAGGCGCAAUCCGUGUCAACAAAGUCAUUGGCAAUUUUCAUUUCGCGCCGGGUCGAAGCUUCAGCAAUGGCAAUGUGCACGUCCACGAUCUUAAGAACUAUUGGGAUAGCCCAGUCCGCCACUCGUUUGAACACGAAAUCCACCAGCUUCGUUUCGGGCCUCAGCUCCCGGAGGACAUCGCGAAGAAGCAUAACAGAAACAGUCCCUGGUCCAACCAUCACCUAAACCCCCUUAACCAAGUGAAGCAGACCACCGACGACCCUAACUUCAAUUUUAUGUACUUUGUCAAGGUUGUUCCCACUGCUUACCUACCCCUCAGCUGGUCGCGGUCGAGCAAUCAGGCGACGGACGAUGAUGUCUGGCUGGGAAACCUGGGAAGCGCAGUCGACGGAAGCAUAGAAACGCACCAGUACUCGGUAACCAGCCACAAGCGCAGCCUGGCUGGCGGCGAUGACGCAGCCGAGGGUCACCAAGAGCGGAUGCAUGCAAAAGGUGGCAUUCCGGGGGUCUUCUUUUCUUACGAUAUCUCACCUAUGAAGGUGAUAAACCGAGAAGAGCGCGCGAAAACCUUCGUCGGCUUCCUCACGGGUCUUUGUGCCGUAAUCGGAGGCACUCUCACGGUAGCUGCAGCAGUGGAUAGGGGUGUCUACGAGGGCGCCUCGAGAAUAAAGAAGCUGCAAUCAAAGAACCUUUAACAAAAUACAACUAAAGGUAGCUAGUUUUAAUGAUUAUAUGUUUUUUGAAUAAAUUUGACGUUUCUUUAUAAUGGGUUUUGUGAUUUUCAUUUUUAAUUACUGUGACUGAAAAUCAUCUACU